AUAAAUACCCUUUGCCGAUCAUCGCCAGUAUCGCUGACUGCACUGCAAGUUCGAGGCACGAUUUCGUCUUCGUUUCUCGCACCGUCGAAACUCACAACACAUCAGCCAAAGAAUCUAAUAAUCAUACGAAAUAAUAAUAUUGCCAUCUACGAGCGUAUAAAAUAUUAAAUAAUAUUCUACAGCGUGAAGUCUCUUUGUCAUCGACCAUCGUCGUCAUCUCCGUCACCGUCUCCUGCUCCACAGAAGUCAUUUUACGUCGUCUGCGACAUUCGACAUUUCCUGUACGGUUCAGGUCUUACUGUAAACUUUAUUUUUAUUGCUUUUCCGCAUCCGUUUGCAUCGCUUACGAUAAUAUACCCCAGUGGUCAACCGGUCGAGGUCGAGUUUCUCUGUCACAUCAUCCGCAAACCGUCGUCGCGAUAAUAUUGCAAAAAAUAUCCCCAAGGAAGCGCCUUUGUGGGUGGGAGACUGAGCCAACUGUUACGGUGGUCGCAGCACUCUCAGGCGUACGCGUUGACGCGCAUGCGUGCGUGCGUGUUCACCGUCGUGUGGGGUAGUCAUCGGGGACGCGCUCAGUAAACCACCACCGGCCAACGGGCGGCAAACGCGCAGAAUUUCAAUGAACACCGCGAACUGGGAAGUGGACGGGGUCGGUACCGUCGCCGUCGUGCUGGCUUCACUGCUGUUUGUGCUGCUCCUCGUGCUGGCAGCCGUGUCAGCGUGUCGUCGGCGGGCCACCGGGUUGAGCGGCCCGGCGGCUUACCCGAUCAUCGGAGCUCUGCACGCCAUGGACGGGCACCGGGACAGGCCGUUCCGACGGUUCGCCGAGCUGGCCCGCCAGUACGGGCCCGUCUACGCCAUGACCAUGGGAUCGGUGCCGUGCGUGAUCGUCAACGAUUAUCCGUCCAUCAAGGAAGUGCUCAUCACCAACGGUUCCAAGUUCGGUGGCCGGCCCGACUUUCUCCGGUACAACGUGCUGUUCGCCGGCGACCGAAACAACUCGUUGGCAUUGUGCGAUUGGUCAUGGCUUCAAGAGACCAGACGGAAGAUUGCUCGAACAUACUGUUCACCCAAAGUAUGUUCGUCCAACUAUGGUCUGCUAGACUCUAUAGCGUCUGAUGAGUUAGAAGUGUUUUUAAGAUCGUUGGCUGCUAUCACCGUUCACGGUUCUGAGCGUGUGGUGCAGGUGAAACAGCCUUUACUGAUGGCCUGUGCAAACAUGUUCACACGGUUCAUGUGUUCGACACAGUUUGAUUACGGUGACCAAGAGUUCCAGACCAUGGUCCGAACGUUUGACGAGAUAUUUUGGGACAUCAACCAAGGUUACGCGAUGGACUUCUUACCGUGGUUAAAGCCAUUUUACGUGGGCCACAUUCGAAAGCUGUCUACAUGGUCGGUGUACAUUAGACGUUUCAUGAUGGAUGCGAUCGUAUCAAAGAGGAGCAGCUACACAAAGGCUAUGUCAGCUACAAUGGAUAACGGCUGCCGAGGUAAUGAUGACGAGCACGAUGACGAGGAAGAACCCACAGACUUUACGGAUGCUCUGCUCAUAAACUUGCGCAAGGAGCCCAGGCUCAAAAUGGACCACGUGUUAUUUGAACUGGAAGACUUUAUCGGUGGUCAUUCAGCCGUCGGCAACAUGGUCAUGCUCACCCUGUCCAUGGUGGCCACAAGGCCACACGUGGCCCAGGCAAUUCGGGACGAGGCCGAACAAGUCACUGGUGGUCAACGUUUGGUACGUCUCUAUGAUAAACCGGACAUGCCAUACACCGAGGCCACUAUGUUCGAGACUCUACGUGUCAUUUCAUCACCCAUUGUGCCUCACGUGGCUACCGAGGACACUACUAUCAGAGGAUUCAAAAUAUCAAAAGGCACGUGUGUAAUCAUUAACAACUAUGAAAUCAACACCAGUCCGGUGUACUGGGAUAAUCCUAGCGUAUUCGACCCCAAUCGUUUCAUACAUCACAAAUCCGGGGCAAAGUCAUGCAUCCGAAAACCGGAAUACUUUCUGCCGUUCAGCACCGGCAAAAGGACGUGCAUUGGACAGCAACUGGUUUCUGGAUUCGGGCUCGUACUGCUCGCGGGCAUACUACAGAGAUACGAAGUAAAGGCCACUACUGAAUUAGCGAUACCCGAGGCGCGGCUGGCUCUUCCACCCGACACGUAUCCGUUGAUAUUGACACCGCUCGACGGAUCUCUAUAGAAUCGGAUGUUGUAUGUGUGGUAUAUAUCAUCGACAUUAGGUUAAAACGGCAUUCAUUAUCACUAUUCAUUGAAUUAGUAAGUUUUUGUUAAUAUCCAAGUACAUAUUUAUAGAUACUGAUUUAAAAAACUGUUUGAUUUUAAUUUAUUCGUAUAUGCAAGGAAUUGAAAAUAUAUUAAGCACGUUGAUGUAGGAUUCAGUAGCGUAUUGAAUAUUGAUAGGUAAUAGGUAUAUAUUUUUUAAAUAAACUGAAGAAUA